UGAACAAUGCGUGAAUAAACGAAUUAUAUUAGCUUAUAUGAUAUGAUAUCCUAAUUCCAUAAUUAAUUGUUUUAUCUGUCAAGUACCCAUGUUAGCCGCUUGCAAUUUAUAGUGAUGGUUUAAGAACCUGAAAUAGGGACAAGCAUCCACAUUCCAUUUUUUUUUUGCUUGUCAAGGUAGGGAGGGUAAAGAGAAAGAGAGACGAUCAACACCUUAGUUCUCUCACUUACGCGAAAUUGAAUAGUUUGAAUUUGGGUGUUCGGUCGGAACACAUUAAUGGUACCCAUACUAGAAUCCGGUUUUUUUUUGUUUCAAUGGAUUUACUUAAAUCAAUAAGUUUUUUUUUAUUUUUUUUGAUCGCACUUAAACUAUGUGUUUAUGGUAAGUGCAAAAGGGAAAGGAAAAAACCCCGACCAGUCCGACGAGCUAUUGUCCGAGUAUUAGCAAGAAGUGCGAACCUCCAAUCCCUAUGCACCCGGUUAGGCAACAGCCACGGCCGUUUGUUUUUUUAUUUUUGGUAGAUGGCCAAACGAAAGGCAAAAAAACUGAACCCGAACCUCCCCCACCAUUACAUAUAUGGCGCCCAACACGUGGGACCCUAGCAAGAACGUAAAACUUUUACUUCUUGCGUAAGCACGACUAACACCUAGUGCACAACAAUCCCCAAUCGAAACUCGAAGUUAUACCAUAUCAAUUACUACCUAUUAUUUUUUUUAAUUACCCUGUUAGGCCCCUUUCUCGGGAAAAUACGUUGUGUUCAGACAGUAGUUAGUUGUAGGAAUUUGCGAUUGUAAUUCAGGCAUUGCUGGAUUAGUCGACCACAAUUAAUUACUAGUACUUUAAGCAGCGGGUAAGAUCGGAAAAGAGGGAAUAAUAAUCAAAUUUGGGUUAAUUGUUUCAAGGACUAUUUGGAAUUACAACAAACUGGAAAUAUUUCGGAUGUUGUCUAGUAGUCCAUGAGCAGUAAAAAUCCAAAUCAGAAAUAGACUCCAGUAAAAUAAAUAGCACAAAUUCAACUACUCAGGUUUGCUUAAGGAUUGUAAGCAAUAACGUGUGGGAAAAAGACAGAUAGAAUAAAUAACCAAGACUUAAUAAUACAAGUCCUAUUUAGUUUUCCUUUUGUUGUUUGGAAACAAGCAAAAGUUUGCAUUCAUUAUGGCAGUGAGACGAAGCACAGAGAGCAUAGUUGCAGCGAUUAACGCGCAAGAUCCAUUUUGUGGCAUUUGCCAUGAGCAAUUGCAAGCAGAACAGCUAUCUGCGACUACUCCUUGUCAACACCGUUUUCACGACGUUUGCAUAAGCAAUACACUAAAGACAACCCCAAAAUGUCCAGUAUGUGAGGCAGAUUGCAACCCAGGGCAACUAAUAUUUAUGAACAAUACACUGGCAGCGGAGUUACACUCAGCUGGUAAUGCUGAAACAGACGAAACUCUAUCGCGAAAUACUCUACCUUGCCAAGAUGGUUCGACUACUACAGGUAUCAGGAGAGGUCAGCGAUUCGGAAAAGGGCGAGGAGCCACGCCCAAGCGAAGUAUGCAAACUAGGUCUAUGAAUCGAAAUCAUAGAGAAUAUUUAGGUAGUUGCAUGUCUUUAGGCAGCAACGGAAAUAAGUCAGUGGACAAUGGUCCAAAUGUAGAGACAAUUACCUAUAUCAACGAAGCUCUACAAUCUCAGCAAAGGACUUUAAUAGCAGAACUCAAAAACGUUAUUAAAGCUUCUGUUGAACAAUCACUGCAAGAGAAGUUAGCAACAUUAAAUGUACGAAGUGAGCAAGCUGAAUCAACACGCUCUAGAUUAGUUCAGUCUCCAAGGGGAUUAGGUGCUGAUACUCUCCCUAAUAGUGCCCAGAACUCUGACAUACCCCUUGACUGCGGACCAUACAGCCCCAGAGGUAGCAAUCGAUCAAACUCAAGUUUGAGUUCAGAAAAAGCAGCUAGCAUUAUGCAAACCUGGCGACUUAAAUUUGACGGUUCGAAAGACUCUAUGCAGAUAGAUGAAUUCUUGUAUCGAAUUCGUUCAUUAACGGCUCAAAAUUUGAACGGCGACUAUAGGCUGCUUUGUGACAAUCUUCAUUUACUUUUCUUCGGGAAAGCCAAUGAUUGGUUUUGGAGCUUCCACAAGAAAAACCCACAGUAUACCUGGUUGGCUUUCUGUACGGAUUUCCGACUUAGAUUCGAGGACGUUAAAGACGACUUUGACUUGUGGGAACUAAUUAGGAAAAGACGCCAGAAAGAUCAGGAGACAUUUGAUGAUUUUCAAUCAGCGAUUGAAGGCCUGGUUAGCCAAUUAUCUAACGAAAUAAGCGAAGACAAGCUUGUUGACCUAUUAAAACGCAAUGCGAGAACAGCGCUCAGGUACGAACUAUUGCAUUUGAAGAUUAGAACUCGAGCAGAAUUAAGAGAGGAAGUUAAGAAACAUGAAAGUUUCUGUAGAGAAACUGGCUCGUUUCCCAAUCGAACCAAAUACGGUAGAGAAAUACAGAACAAGAAAAUAGUGUGCUGGAAUUGCGAUAAAGUGGGACACCGAUUCGAUGACUGCAUGGGAGAAAGGCGUAUAUUCUGCUACGGUUGCGGUGCUAAAAAUACUUUUAAACCCAAUUGUAGCAAAUGCAAUCUUUUGGGAAACCGGAAGCGGGAUGCGCAGACCAACACCAGUUUGACGCAUCCCACAAAAGAAUAAAGUCCUUGCCAGAAAUACAGUCAUAUGGUAGUUUGGAGCAAUCAACUCCAAAUACUAUAUUUACAACUUAUAUGGCAAAUACAUGUUCAGUCGCCGAGACUGCAACUCAAACUGAUAUUGAAAAUAAGUACGUACCGUACCAUAUUAGAGUAAAACACUAUCUUGACACACGAAGACGAAUUUUUAGCAGCAUAGAACCCAUCGAAUUUCUCAGUCGGCCAAAACGCUCUACUGUUCGACUUAGGAAAUUCUGGAAAAAUAUUAAAAGUCUUCGUAAGAAGCUCGUUCAAUCAGUGUUUAUGAGCUCAGAUAACCGCUUGUACACUGAGUUAAGCCUAGAGGGAGAAAAAUAUGUAGCAUUAUUAGAUUCCGGAGCGACGAUUAGUUGCCUCGGUAAUGUUGCAGCUAAGUCACUGUUGUCACAUCCCAAAGCGCGCAAAUGCUCUGGAUCAAUCCGAACAGCUAACAACGCUAUUUGCCCAGUGGUAGGCAAACUGACACUUAAAGUUGAAUUUCGAAAACAAGUGCAUAAUGUUGAUUUUUAUGUUAUACCCGAUUUGAAACAAGAUGUUUACUUAGGCAUAAAUUUUUGGCAGGACUUUGGACUGUUAACGAAUUUAAUUCGUCCUGAUGAGUCCGUAAAUGAAUUAGACAACAGUAACGAACAGGAUAUCCAGGAAACAGCGAAAAUGCAUCAGCUAACCGCUGAAGAAAAGUCACGAUUAAAUUCGAUCAUUUCUAAUUUCUAUUCUUAUGAAAAGGAAGGAUUAGGACGCACUGAGUUAAUCGAACAUCGCAUUGAAAUAGAUAAUGUGACCCCCGUCAAACAAAGACAUUGGCCUAUUUCGCCAGCCGUUGAAAAGCUAAUGUUUGACGAGAUCGAGAAAAUGCUAGCUUUAGAUAUAAUAGAGGUAUCGCAUAGCCCCUGGAGCAGCAACUGCGUCCUUGUGCAAAGAAAGGAUAAAAACAGGCUGUGUCUAGAUUCUCGAGUCAUAAAUAAGUACACUCGUAAAGAUGCGUACCCUCUACCCCAUAUCGACGGAAUUCUUAGUCGUCUGCCGCCGGCUAAAUAUAUAACGGGCCUCGAUAUGAAGCACGCAUUCUGGCAGAUACCCCUAGAAGAAAAAUCACGUCAGUAUACCGCUUUUACAGUCCCUAAUCGUCCAUUAUUUCAAUACAAAGUAAUGCCGUUUGGAUUGUGUAACGCUCC